CAGACAUGGCUGUUUCGACGUGAACUUACCUUGGGAGGUUUGGCGGGAAACCUGACACUUGUGCAGUUGGAGGCAUCUGAAGUUGAUCAAUUCGACGGGGAGUGUUUGUAAAUAUUGAACGAUGGAUCCUUGUGAAAUCGAAUUCAUUGGGGAAAAAUCACAAAUUGGCAUUGUCCCGAACUUCAACUUUGAUCCGAUACAUUUGAUUUCAGGCAGCGUUGGACCCUUCCGAGCCGGUCUGCCUGUGCACAUCCCCCUCUGGCUCGCUGUUCACCUUCGAAGACAACGGAAAUGCAGGAUUGUACCGCCACAGUGGAUGGAUGUCGACACACUCGAAGAAAUUAAGGAAGAGGAAAAACGCUCCAAAUUCUUCACAAAAAUGCCAAGCGACAAUUACAUGGUUGAAGCGCAAUUGAUCUUUGGAUGUGCUGCCGAGGAUAUUCCACGGUGUGAUGAGAUUCGCACGAUAAUCAAGGACAUUUUCGAUAUCAGAGAGUCGAAGCUGCGGACUUCAGUCGAUGCUUUCAUUAAAGGCGAAGGGACCUACGCGAAACUUGAUAAUUUAACACUUUUGGAAAUGCACGCCAUAAGACCGAUACUUCCUCAUGCACUCGAUCACAUUUCACGCUAUCAAAGAGUCGCGUCUGCAACGCAAAGGGAUAUGUCGUCCUUAGGGUUAAAUACGUCCAAUUUAUCUAGUUCUUAUCAUUCACAGUCGAGAAUAUAAUUAUAGGGUAUAAUAAAGAUUGUUAAAGUU